UUUAACUACACUCCUAAGUCCUACACAUGUAAUUCUUCUCACACUGAAUGCCUAGUCUCAAUGUUUGAAAAGUUUUAUGUGAUGGAGGUAACAAGCAGAACACCAAAAUUUGUAAAGGGUGGCACAUAAUUUUGAUGAUGUAAGAUUUCAUAUAUGCUGCUCCAGCCAAUAUCACAAAAAUAUGCAUGAGGAACACACCAUCUUAGGAAAAGGGUUUUUUCGUGCCUGCCAAAGUAGCGUGCCUGCUGUGAAGGAUCACCUAUUUAAAGCUGUGAGACUUGAGAACAAAGAGGUGGAAGUUGACUUUGCAUGUGGUAAAAACUGUUGCUUACGGAUGCAAUAACUUUGAAUCCUCUGAAAAUUGAAAAUCUUGGAGUCAUCUCAAUUCCAGUAUCUGUUCAGGACAUAAAAAAGCUGAAAGAAAUAUCUGAAGUAGCUUGUUACGGCAAACAACUGAACAAGCUUUUGGACUCCUCAAAACAGCUGGCGUUGGAAAUUAAUUCUUCAAAACUUACCUGUACAAUUUCUGACGACAAGAAAGUUAAAUCUUCAAACUAAAUUUCGCAAUGGGUUGAUUUGGAAGACAUCUCUAGGAAGUUGAGGAUUGAUAUAAUAAAUUGGAAGAAGCAAUGUGUUGGACCUUGUAGGAAAUUUCCUACAUCAUCAUGAAAACCUGUGGUUCUCUUAUACAAACUUGGAUCAUCGAUAUGUGUCGUUCCAUCGAUGGUUACCAACGCUUUUUACCUGCAAUAUUUCAACAGCAUGGUGCUGCCACUUGGACUGUUACACGACCCGCUCUUUUCGUUGAAGACGCCCAGCUAUCUCGGUCUAGGCACUCUUGGGUUCAUCGUCGCUCACGAAAUCAUGCACGGUUUCGAUAAUUCCGGCGUCGAGUUUGACGAAGACGGCGUCCGACGCAAUCUUCUCAGUCCACCUUCACAACUGAAAUUCCAACAGAAAAUGAAUUGCAUGAGCAAUCAGUUCUCCAGCGCCUUCCGGACCGAGUAUUUAAUCAACGGGAAAAGCGUCGUUCUCAAGGUGGAUGGAGAGUUGACUUUAAACGAGAAUGUCGCAGAUUUGGGAGCCAUUAAAGCCAUUGUUGCAACACGGGCUAGAAUGGACCGCGAGUCACCCGCAGCUAAUCUACCCGGCUUGAAUUAUACUCACGAGCAAAUCAUGCUGAUCAACGCCGCUCAGGCCUACUGUGCCCUGAUUACUCCGCAAGCGUACGCUCUGAUUCUCGGUAUGGACGAACACGCUCCGCCACACGAUAGAGUCAACGGUUUCAUGAUGAACUUGCCGGAUUACGGGCGAAUUUUCAACUGCCCGGUGGGUUCGCGUCUCAACCCCAAAACGAAAUGCUCCGUCUGGUAGACGCUCUUCUCAGGACCGAGUUUGAUAUACCUAGAUCAUUUAAUUUGUGAUUACAAUCAUCCUCCUAUGUAAAUAGAAAAUUUCAUUUCAACUACGCCCUGUUAUUACCGUCGUUCGGGGUGAGGGAAGCGAAUCCAGAUGUCAGAUUUCAGAUAUUAUUAUUAUUCAUUUUACUUGAGAUUUUUACAUUCAGUUAUUCUGUCAUCCGCUCUGAGCUCUAUCUGUGAACGUGUACAAUUCUUUCCCGCUUUGGCGUCAGUUUGGAAAUUUUUUCUUCUUCAUUCAUCCCCAAGAAUUUCUUGUCUAUUUCUCUCUGUCGAACUGUUAUAAUCACGGUGAGCGAGUGUAUAGGUUUUUUGUAUAAUAUGUGUAUGUGCGUGCAGGUCACUUGAAAAUACAGGUAAAUGCAUCGG